UUCUGUCUGCUCGUUGGACCGAGUCUGGCUGAUCACACCACUGUAAUCUAUUUUUGUUUACCAUUAUUUAUCGGAUCAGUAACAGUUAUCAGAGCGGGAUGAAGCUUCUCUGCAGUGGACCAACUGUCCUUCUCCUGCUGCUCGUCUUCCUCCCAGCUUGUUGGUCUGCUCAUGGCCGCUACGCCCAGAAGCUGCUGAAGGACUUGUUCUCCAACUACACCAACGCUCUGCGGCCAGUGGAGGACACCGAACACAUCAUCAAUGUCACACUGCAGAUCACUCUCUCCCAGAUCAUUGACAUGGAUGAGCGAAACCAGAUACUGACUACCUACCUGUGGGUUCGCCAGGUGUGGAUGGAUGCCUACCUCUCCUGGAAAAAGGAGGACUAUGAUGGCCUUGGCACAAUCCGCAUACCCAGCAGCUACGUUUGGAGGCCUGACAUCGUCCUGUAUAACAGUGCAGAUGACCAGUUCUCCAGUGCCAUGGAGACCAAUGUGGUUCUGCGUAACGAUGGCCAAGUGAUGUGGGACCAGCCAGCGAUCACCAAAAGCUCCUGUUCUGUGGAUGUGGCCUUCUUCCCCUUUGACAUGCAGCAGUGUCACCUAACAUUUGGUUCCUGGACUCACAACGGGAACCAGAUGGACCUGUUCAAUGCCUUGGACAGUGCUGACCUAGCUGACUUUGUCCCUAAUGUAGAGUGGGAGGUUCUGGGCAUGCCAGCCAAGAAGAAUGUUAUCCUGUAUGGCUGCUGUUCAGAUCCCUACCCAGACAUCACCUUCACUCUCCACCUGAAGAGACGUGCCUCUUUCUACAUCUUCAACCUGCUCAUCCCGUGCAUGAUGAUCUCCUUUCUGGCUCCACUGGGCUUCUACCUGCCAGCUGACUCAGGGGAAAAAGUUUCUCUGGGUGUCACGGUGCUGCUGGCGCUCACCGUAUUUCAGCUGCUGGUCGCCGAGAGCAUGCCGCCCUCUGAGAGUGUCCCACUGAUAGGGAAGUACUACAUCGCUACAAUGACAAUGGUCACUGCAUCAACAGCACUCACCAUCUUCAUCAUGAACAUACACCAUUGUGGUUCUGAGGCUCGUCCUGUCCCACAUUGGGCCCAGCGCUUCAUCCUUAACUACCUUGCCCGUAUCUGCUUCAUCUACGACAUCGGGGAGGACUGUCUCUGUGACACUUCAUCCAGGAAACAACCUCUGGUGAAGGAGGAGUCUGAAGCCCCAUCAGCCAAUAGUGGCGACCUUAGUGGAACAAACUGGGAUGUGAAUGGGCAAGCAUGGGGAGGAAGGGCGGAGGACGACAGGACUGGGGAGUCUCUGGUGGGGCAGCGUUUGGCCCAACAGACAGACCAGAAAGAGGAUCUGUUUGUGACCAUUGACCACUCACAGGAGAAAGAAGCUGCGGGAGGAUGUGCAGAGCAGGGAGAGUCGUACGGUGCCUGUGGAGGAGGAGAGCAUGUCAAGGAAAAGAAAGGCGUCGGAGGUGAAGCCAGCGAGAACAGGAGGGAGAUCCUGGUGAAAACCCAGUGUGUCUGCCAGCACCAGGGACUGCGCAAGAACAUUGAGUACAUUGCCCACUCAUACCAGGACCAGCGGGCCGCACAGCUGCGCAUCGGAGAGUGGAGGAAGGUGGCAAAGGUCAUGGAUCGCUUUUUCAUGUGGCUCUUCUUCAUCAUGGUCUUCUUCAUGAGCAUCCUCAUUCUGGGAAAAGCCAUCUGACUGAAGUCCAGCUUCAAAGUAUGACAUCAGAGGAAAACGAGUGAUAAAUGACCUCUGUUUAACCUUCACUAAGUCUAACAUCAGUCCUGGUUUGGUUGUAACAAGUGGACAGUGAUGGUUUUGUUCAGUUAGUAACUAGGUUCAGAUGGUUUAAAGUCAGGACCCUCCAUUUGUGUGUGCAGAACAUUUAUAUUCUGACUUUAUCUUUGCAAAUCAUAUUUUUUACCAGAAUUUAAAAUGUAGAUGUGUGGGUUUGAAAGUGUUUGGCCACAUAAGAGAUGCACAGGUGGAUGCAAGGCUGGAAAAUUUCAAGAAAAGGCCAUAAAUUAAUUCAAAUGCCUCUAAACAACAUAGUGUUUGGCUCUGAACCAGGGUACCGAGCACCUGAAGUGACACGGAUCAGUGUGGGCUGAGUCCUGUCAGCUUGUCAGGAUCAUCACAGCUGCUGUUAUUACCAUCAACUCUGUAUGAAACGGCUAAGUUCUCGUGUUUGCCUCUGACAUGUCAAAUCCCAGCUGCUGCGCCAAACCUACAACUUUCUGUAUGACAUGUUUGUUUUCUCUGGGUUUUAUCGGACACAUCAGUGCUCUGUUUAACACCCACUUGCAUAAAACUACGUUUUUUGUCUCACAAAAUGUUUUCAGAAACAUGUCUAAUAGAUUUAUUAUGUCAAAUAUUUAGGGGUUUGACCUAGAAGUAGGUAUUUCUGUGCAGCUGCCAUGUCACCUCUGACACUUCAUAAGUUUAACUGACUGAAAACUUAAUUACCAUAAUUGUCAUCUAUGAAUUUUACUUGUACAACCCAUGGCCAAAUUAGAGAUGUCAUUUAUGAGUUCUGCUUUAUGUUGUUGCAUACAACGAAACAGUCCAAAGUAAACCGAUGUCUGGCCACGGCCAGCUCCGAGCUGGUCCUCCGUGCACAGCUGAGUGUUCUCGACACGAUUGACCAGACCCCCUGGAUACCAACGGAGUGCUUUAUUAAAACAAAUCUUUCCCUCCAAUGAAAAGAUAAAACAUUGUUAUUUUUUUUAAAAAAUCAUUGGGGCUGCAAAGCAAAGCAUCUGCCUGAGCCUGCUGUCACCGAUCGAUGAGGAUUCAGUGCACAGUUAAUCUCGUGCAUUAUCAAGUGUUUGAAUCCCAUGAAUUCACUGUGGUUUACUGUCACCGCAUGAUGGAGCUGCGCACAAUACCUGCACAUUAAAAGAAAAGUGCUGAAUGUGAAGGACUGACACGCAUGGUGAUGAUAUCAUGAUGGCCCACUAUUAUUUAGCCUGAAUUAAAUAAACCAAGCAGGAUGGAUCUUUGGAUCUUGGAUGUAAACCGGGCACAGUUAGAUCCUCCUGCUCCAGCCACUUUAGCUGCUUUCACAGCACUUCAAGUUUAAAAGGUUUCAAAACAAAGACUUUAUAAAGCACCUUAAAAACAAUAUGUUGUUUGGAGUUGUAGCAUCUCUCUUGCAGUACAUAGCGUGGUCAAAAUGUCUCAGCUAUAUUUAGGAGUUACUAGUUAGAUAUGUCUGACUGAAGUGAUGAAAGCUGAAUUAUUUUAAACUUUAUGUGCCUGAAAAACAAACGUUGCUCAACUUCUCAUGUUUGCAGUGUUUGGUGUAAACACAUGAAAAGCCUCAUUUAUCACUGGCACCACUUGUUUGAGAUUUGUGUGUUGUUGAACAUUUGUUGUGAUACAUUCACAUGUGAC